UCCAGGUCUUCUGCUUUUAAUCUAUAAACAAAACAUGGGGUUCCCCCCCUCCUGUCCCUCCAAUCCCCAAAAAAAGACCGACUCUUCUUCCCUCUCUGCAAUGCCUGCACUCUUCUUCUCCAUCACUCUCCUCCUCUCCAUACACUCUCUCUUCUUCUCUUCUUGUUCCUCCAUUGAUGCACAAGGCCAAGCUCUUCUCACAUGGAAAACCACUCUAACCAGCUCAACAAAUCCACUCAAAUCAUGGGUUUCCUCAGACCAAACACCCUGCAACUGGGUUGGGAUUCACUGCAACUCCAAUGGAGAUGUGAUCAAAAUAAGCUUGAAAUCAGUAGAUUUGCAAGGCUCAUUGCCUUCAAAUCUCCAACCUCUCAAGUUCUUGAAUACCCUUAUCCUCUCAUCAACCAAUCUCAGUGGACCAAUCCCAAAACAAUUUGGAGAUUACAAUCAGCUUGUUGUCAUGGACAUCAGUGAUAAUUUUCUCUCGGGCGCAAUCCCGGUUGAAAUUUGCAAAUUAGUAAGAUUGCAAAGUUUAUCACUCAACAUGAAUUAUUUCGAAGGCGAAAUUCCUUAUGAGAUUGGAAAUCUUUCGAGUCUUGUGUACUUCACGCUAUACGAUAAUAAAUUAAAUGGCGAGUUUCCGAGGAGUAUCGGGAAUUUGAGAAAUUUGGAGAUUUUACGAGCUGGCGGGAAUGAGAAUCUGAAAGGUGAGCUUCCAUGGGAGAUUGGAAAUUGCUCCAAUUUAAUCAUGUUAGGCCUUGCUGAGACUGGCAUUUCAGGGAAUCUUCCUUCAUCAAUUGGGAUGUUGAAGAGAAUUCAAACCAUAGCAAUCUACACAGCAAUGUUGACAGGUCCAAUCCCGGAAGAGAUUGGGAAUUGCACUGAGCUUCAAAAGCUCUACUUGUAUCAGAAUUCAAUCUCUGGUUCAAUCCCGGGUCGAAUUGUGGAGUUGAGAAAACUUCAAAGCUUGUUGUUAUGGCAGAACGCAAUAGUCGGAUCAAUCCCAUAUGAACUCGGAAGUCUAAAAGAGCUCGCGGUUCUUGAUUUGUCGGAUAAUCUUCUUACUGGAACCAUACCCACUAGUCUUGGAAAUCUUUCAAGGAUUCAAGUGAUUCAGCUCAGUGUUAACCGGUUGACAGGUACUAUUCCUUUAGAACUCAUGAAUUGCUCGAGUUUGACUCAUUUAGAGCUCGAUAACAAUGAAUUUUCCGGGGAAAUUCCUGUUUCGAUUGGAAAGUUAAGAAACUUGACUUUGUUCUUCGCUUGGCAGAACAAACUAACCGGUAAAAUUCCAGAAACUCUAUCUAAUUGUGAGAAUCUUCAGGCAUUUGAUCUGUCCUAUAACACCCUCUUUGGUACCAUACCAAAACAAAUUUUCUCAUUGCAGAAUUUGACAAAGUUGCUGCUGAUUUCCAAUGAUUUAUCGGGUUUUAUACCGCCUGACAUUGGAAAUUGCACAAACUUGUAUAGGUUUCGAGUGAACGACAAUAGGCUUUCGGGUACUAUUCCAUUGGAGGUUGGAAAUUUGAGGAAUUUGAAUUUCGUUGACAUGAGUAAAAACCGGUUUUUAGGGGGAAUUCCUAGCUCGAUUUCCGGAUGUGAGAAUCUCGAGUAUCUUGAUCUCCAUUCGAAUGGGCUGACCGGUUCUCUGCCUGAUAAUUUGCCCGAAAGUCUACAAUUUGUCGACUUUUCAGACAAUAGGCUUACUGGUCCAGUAACACCUAGUGUCGGUUCAUUAACCAAAUUAACGAAACUCAAUCUCGGGAAGAACCAACUUUCCGGGAUGUUUCCAGCAGAGAUCCUGUCUUGUUCCAAGCUUCAAAUGCUUGAUCUCGGGAACAAUGGCUUCUCAGGCGAUAUUCCGAAAGAAUUGGGUCAAAUUCCAUCGCUAUCAAUCGCUCUCAAUCUAAGUAGUAACCAGUUCAAAGGCGAAAUCCCACCUGAAUUCUCAGGUUUAACCAAGCUUGCAAUCCUUGAUCUCUCCCACAAUAACCUCGCUGGAAACUUAACCGCCCUCGCGAGCCUCCAAAACCUCGUCUCCCUCAAUGUGUCGUUCAAUGACUUCUCCGGUGAAUUGCCCAACACCCCGUUCUUUCGCAAACUCCCGAUCACCGACCUUGUUGGAAACAGUGCCCUAUACAUCCCCGGUGGUGGCGGGAUUGCAACCCCCGCGGACAGAAUGGGUCCCACUGGACACGUCAGGUCAACUAUGAAGCUAGCGAUGACGAUCCUAGUCAGCACCAGUGCGGUACUAGUCCUACUUGCAGUUUACAUGUUGGUUAAGGCCUGUUGGGCCCACCACGGGUCCACGGAAGGCGAAACAUGGGAAUUGAUAUUGUAUCAAAAAAUGGAUUUUUCCAUUGAUGACGUGGCCCGGAAUUUGACGUCAGCAAACGUGAUAGGAACCGGAAGCUCCGGCGUGGUCUACCGGGUGACAAUUCCUAGUGGAGAAACACUGGCAGUGAAGAAAAUGUGGGGAUCAGAGGAAUCAGGAUGUUCGUUCUCUUCAGAAAUUCAAACACUUGGAUCAAUCAGACAUCGGAACAUUGUUCGCCUUUUGGGUUGGGGCUCAAACCGGAAUUUGAAACUGUUGUUCUAUGACUACCUUCCUAAUGGAAGCCUAAGCUCAGCCCUACACGGUGGCGGUGCCGCCACCGGAAAGGGUGGAGCAGAGUGGGAGACUAGAUAUGAUGUGGUGUUGGGAGUGGCACAUGCUUUAGCAUACUUGCACCAUGAUUGUGUGCCUCCAAUUAUACAUGGUGAUGUCAAGGCUAUGAAUGUGUUGUUAGGUCCUCAUUUUGAACCAUACUUGGCUGAUUUUGGGCUGGCUAGGCUUGUCAAUGGUGGUGAUGGUGAUGGUGAUUGCUCAAAGCAGAGUCAGAGGCCUGUUCUUGCUGGUUCUUAUGGGUACAUGGCUCCAGAACAUGCUUCAAUACAAAAAAUCACUGAGAAGAGCGAUGUAUACAGCUUUGGUGUAGUUCUCUUGGAGGUGUUGACAGGAAAGCACCCACUAGACCCAACAUUGCCUGGGGGUGCACCCAUGGUCCAGUGGGUCAGAGACCACUUGCACUCAAAGGGUGACCCUGUUGACAUUCUUGAUCCAAAGCUCAGAGGCAUGGCUGACCCACACGUCCAUGAAAUGCUCCAAACACUGGCAGUUUCAUUCCUCUGUGUCAGCAUGCGGGCCCACGACCGUCCUAUGAUGAAGGAUGUUGCCGCGAUGCUCAAGGAGAUUCGGCACGCUGAUCCUGUAAGACCGGAGUCAAAAUUCUUGAAAGGAGGUUUGUUGGAUGUGCAUGCAUCGCCACCUGCUCGGAAUGUGGUUUUCGAGGGAAUUGGAUCUUCUAACUGUUCUUUUGCCUUCUCUGAUGAUUCAAUCUAAUUGAGGUUUCAAUGGAAAUGCUACCAAUUUUGUGCAUAUUCAGUAGUACAGUACAAUCCUUUAGGGCAGGGCAGGGCAGGGCAGGGAUAUUAGAGGAGAAAAUAUAGUAAUUCCAUGUCAAUCAUAUUAUCUAGCAGGAAAAGUGUAAUUUUGUGUUUUGUAUCUGGUUGUAGAUUGAAUAACUACUAUUGUAUUAAAUUUGUAUUAAGGGAUGUAUAAAAAAUAAAAAAAAAAUGCAACAGUUGAUGACGAUUGUAAAAGCAGCAUUAUUUUGUACUCAGAAAAGACAUUUAAAAAGUCUCUAGAAUUCAAAUUUAUAAUGUGGAUUUCAAUUUGAUAGUGGACCCAA